UCAAUGGGCUUAACAAAAUAAACUUUUGCUCAGAUUGAGUACUUGUGUAUCUACACGAUUCCGUUUGGCAUCGGGGCUUAUCAGCUGGAUGAACAGUCGUUCUGCGAGAUAUUACCGAUUUAUGGCGGCAUUCAGAAGGCUUGUGUCAUACAUCAUACAUCUAUCAAGCAAUUACAGCGCGCCAAUAAUUCACGAGCUCCCACUUACUGUGGCUUCAUUGAAACUUAUCAUUGAUUUAUCAAUCUGGUCGGAAACCGGCCGAUCGACUGGGGAUACAGUUCCCGUUCCCCCACCUAAUCAUCGCAUGGUCGGGCAGAGCAGGCAAGUGUAAAGUGAGGGCAAACAGACACCAAAGUCAAUGACAUGGCACAAAUAGCGUAAGAUAGAGCUUGUUGACCCAGUGGAGCAAUCAGCUAACAGCUGGCCAGCUGACAGCUAACAGCUAACAGCACAAGCCACUACCAGACACCAAGUCUCGUCGUCUGAGAGAUAAACGAUAGCUGCGAAACCAUUAUUAUCUAUAUCCACAACUUAGCGCGUUCGGAUAAUAGUAGUAAUACUCGAAGUUCUCCCAUCGUCGCACACAGCCACAUGCCUGUAGUUUCGGAUUUGGGGCCUGAUAAGAGCCCGAUAAGAAGGAAAUAUGGAGAAGAGCAGACGGGUUAAAAAUAGAAAACCGAGUGCGGCCACAAUCGAAAGAAAUCAUUCUUUGACUGGCACUGCUCCGAGCAAGACGCUCCAGAGAGUCUAAAAAUAAGCGCCAACGCUAGCGAGGCGGAAAGAUCGCGGGACGCGAGUUAUAAAACAACGAUUAGAAGGAGUGCAUCCACCACGUGGCUGGCGGGCAAUUAAGUGUAGUGAUAUAGUACUCAGACAUUAUGACCAGCCAGACGGAGGGAAAUGGAAGCAAGCCGACCGAUUCCACGACCAAUGGACAUUCGGACGCGGAGGCGGCGAAGCAGGGGGCUGGUGGGGAUGAGGACAACUCGCUGGACGCGAUUCUGGUGCGGAUUGGCCAGUUCGGGCGCUACCAGAUUAUCAACUAUGUGCUGCUCUGCGUUCCCAUGCUCUUCAACGCGUUCUUCUCCAUCUCCUAUGUUUUCACGGCGAGCACAGUGGUACACAGGUGCACUGUUCCGCAGUGCGACAGUCCCAGCAGUGUCUAUAAGGAGGACUGGCUCGGCUUCACCAUCCCCUACAAGAACUCCGCCUGGGAUGCCUGUCAUCGGUACGCCGCCAACCUGUCUGGGACUAUCUCGGAAUACACCGACCCGUCUGGAAAGUACUGCCUCCAGGAGUAUUUCACCGAUACGUCGGAGACCUGUGGACGCGACUUCAAGUUCAGGGACGAGGAGAAGACCAUAUCAACGGAGUUUGGUAUAUACUGUGAGGACGAGUGGAUGCUCUCCAUGGUUGGCACUGUAAACAACGUGGGCCAGUUCGUGGGCAUACCCCUAGGAGGAUACUUUGCGGAUCGAUACGGACGACGCACAAUGCUGGCUGUAGCCGGAUCCCUGAGUGCUCUAAUGGGCGUGAUCCGUUCGCUGUCGACCAACUACUCCAUGUUCGUGGUGUUCGAGUUCCUGGACAUGGUCGUGGGCAGCACCCUCUUCCCCACCGCCUUUCUGCUGGCAAUCGAGCUGGUUGGGCCCAAGAGGCGAGUGGCUGCGGCCACCAUAAUCACUAUCUUCUACGCGCUGGGCGAGGCCUUCCUCGGAUUCCUGGCUUCCCAGUUUCAGCACUGGCGCUGGCUGCUCCGGGUGCUUUACGCUCCGGCUGUGCUGCAGAUCCUCUUUCUGUGGAUCUUGCCGGAGAGCGUCCGCUGGCUCCUGAGUCAGGGUGCCGAGGAGAAGGCGUCCAAUGUGCUGCGGCGGGCGGCGCGGAUCAACAAGCGGCCCUUGCCGGAGGAGCAGUUGCAGGAUCUCUUGGCUAGCAAUCGACAGAAGCUGAGCCAGGCCAACGAGAGCCAGUAUCCAAUAAUGCGAGCCGUGCCCUUCUUCGCGCUGCGGAUAGCCAACUGUUGCCUCUGCUGGUUCACGCACACACUGAUCGCCUUGGGUCUUAGCCUGAACUCUGUUAACCUGGCCGGCAACAAGUACACCAACUUCAUGCUGAACGGUUUCAUCCAGAUACCUGGCCUCUUGCUCCCGCUGAUCAUCAUGGACCGCGUGGGCAGGCGCUACUCCCUCUGCGCCUCGAUGCUGCUCUGUGCCAUUUGCAUGGGUGCUUCUGCCGCAGUGCCAGCAGAUAACCACGCGGGCUUUCUGACCCUCUUCCUAAUUGGAAAGCUGGCCAUCACCUGCAGCUUCCAGAUCUUGUACUUCUUCACCUCGGAGAUCUUUCCCACCAACGUGCGAAACACCCUGUUGUCCCUCUGCUCCAUGGUGGGACGCAUCGGAUCCAUGCUGGCCCCACAAACCCCCCUAUUGGCCAAGUACUACAUAUACGCCCCGCAGAUCCUGUUCGCCACCUUCGCCCUGGUCAGCGGCUUCCUGACCCUGGCCUUUCCCGAGACGGCGGACAAGGUGCUUCCAACGACCAUCGACGAGGCACGCGAUCUGAGUAAGGCCAAGCGACGUGGUGAGGCGUCGUGAUAUCCGUCAUAUUGAUGAGCAGCUUUAGCAUCGUUUUUAAAGUCGUAGAUAUAUGUUUUUGUUUUGCUUGUUUAUUUUAUUUUAUACAUAUGUACAUCGUUUUU